AUGAGAUACGCGCCUGAGUUCAAGAAGUCCCCCUCGCACCUCCUGAAGAAGUUUGCAGUGUGCGACAUCCCGCUGUACGACAUAUGCGACUACAACGUCAGCCGGGAUCGCUGCAAGGAGCUCGGCUGCUGCUUCUAUAAAGGCAUCUGCUACGAGAAGGCCGUGCCCACUUACGUGCAGGUAUUCUCUGCUCUGAUCGUGAUCAUCGCCGGAGCCUUUGUCAUCACCAUCAUUUACAGAGUCGUCCAGGAGAGCAGGAGAGGAAAGAAAUGCCCCACGGAGGCGCCUCCGUCAGCCAAGUCCAGUGUCCGGAAGGAAAUGGCAGCCCACUCCAGUGUCCUUGUCUUGAGAAUCCCAAGGACGGGGGAGCCUGGUGGGCUGCCGUCUAUGGGGUCGCACAGGGUCGGACACGACCGAAGCGACUUAGCAGCAGCAGCAGAGUUGAUUAACAAU